AUGACUAGAACCACAACAACGAUAGCGACAGCGGACACGACUCCCCAGACGUCUUUCAAAACAGAAUCGUCUAUUUUCGAUCGCCCACCGGAGGAGCUCGUACGCCAGAUCCGGGACCAGCUAUUGUCCAGCGGCGUUCAGCUCAUCGAGUGGGGCGCAGAACUGCAGCUCCGACUAGGAGUCCCCGUCGUUCUCAAAGAUUUUACCUAUUUAGUAGCAGACGAGCAGCUUGAGAAGGCCUCAUCCAUCGUUUCAGAUUUCGGGCUCCCUCACUCAGAGCCUCCGCAUAUCCUCGCCGCGACCUCUGGCGAUCUAUACACUGAAGGUCGUCUACAUCACCUGACGAAAUCGACACUCAUGAGCACUGUCCAGUUCCUUCACUUGUUCCCUGCCUCCUUUGCCUCCUUCACAGCAUCAGAACUCGACCCCGCCCCCAACCACACAUCGUCAUCACUACCUAUCCUCAUUCCACGAGCGCCAGCGCUCUAUUCCUGCCUAAUACGCAUCAUGUCUCGCUAUCCUCGCAACUCGUGCGCUCGCUCAACUCUCGCGACCCAGCUCGCCAUGUACAUCAACUAUCACCUAUUGGGGUCUCGUCUCGAAGACGGCCAUGAGGACACAGAGGACGAAGAUUGCGAGCGGCCGAAGGAUUAUGGUCAUAUCGCAGACGCGAUCUCUCUUGUCCGUGGAUGGAUUUGCGGAAGCGAAUGGCGUGCGGGUGACGAGUGGAUGGGGGAUGCUUUGGUUGCAAUCAUCUCAGGCGAGGGUGAUACCAGGUUCCUCCCAUGGAAAGCGAAGAACGAGUCGGAGAAAGCGAAGAUGUUAAAUAGGAAAAUGUACGGCAAGUGUGAUGGACAGAAGAAGAGUGCACCGCGGUCUCACUCGCCUUCCGACAGGUCUACAGCAUCGUCAACGCUUCCCACAUUCUCCUCCGCUGCGCUAUGCAAAUCCCUACCCGAUGAACCGAUCCACCUAGGCCGAGGAGGAACAGUAGAGAGCGUAUGCUAA